AUGUUUGAUGCUGGAGCGGUGAGAUACUGUGCAGCUCCUCCAGAACAAGUGAAGCCCGUGAAGCAAACAGCUCUGUCAACUGCAAGAAGCAUGGAUUUCGUGUAUGUACGGUUAAUUCCUCAUGCCACGUUGGAGGACUGGAACAAUGUAAACAUAGCAAUAGCGGGUAACAUCCACGAGGCUGUCCCGCAGCGAGGAUACGAGGUCAUUGGGUCGAGACAGCAAAUCACAGUGCACGUCAUCAGGACGGCCGUGGAAUUAUUCAUGUCAAUCAUCCACCAAGGGGGAAGCUGUCAAAAAACGGCGUUGCUCGAGAUAUGCAAGUCCAUUUCCACCACCGAGGGUCUCCGAGAUCUUACUUUUGCGUUUUUGGAAGGAGCCUGGAACUACAAGAUUGAUGAGACAUUCGAGUUUUGUAAGGGGUUGCCAAUGUGUGAUCACUUGGCUUUGAAUGCGCGGUUUCGAGAUUAG